CUGUCUCAGCUGGCCAUAAAAUUCUUCCUCCUUUUCCUUGUAGUUGAUAUUGACUGUAUCAGGAUUUUGAGAGAGACCGUCGGAGGAUGGCAACAAGAAGCAGAUAAUAAAUACGGUACCCUUUGGGCAUCUACCAAUUACGUGAAGCGGUCAUUGUUCCUACAAGACAAAGUUCGAGAGUAUGUUCAGCAUUGGGGAGAGUGGAAGAAUCAUAAGGGAUAUCCAUUCUAUGACUUGCGGAACAAGAUUCACGGUAACUUGUGGCCAACACAGUAUGAUACUUUUCGUCAAUUUGAGGGUACAAAUCUUUUAACGUAUCUUAUAUAUGGUCUUAGUGCAGAAGCUGACAUGGUUUAA